AUGGGCAAAAGUCGUAUUGAAGAGGUGACCUGCGCGAUAUGUUACGAUCCGUUAUUCACCAAGAGAGACGAUCUGGAUGAUCCCGUUCCGAUAGCUACAUGUGAUUGUGGUCAUGUAUUCCACGAACCAUGCAUCUUAGAAUGGUUCCACACUCAAUCCGAACAAUAUCUCGCUGCAGCAAGAGACCAGGGUCUGGAUGGACGAUAUGGAUCACCAAGUCUUUCAGACGCACCUGCAGAAUGUCCAACAUGUCGAACGGAGUGUUUCGCCGAUCCAGAGACAGGUCAACCUUCAAUUCAUCGAUUGUUUAUUGAUUUUGGCGAGAACGAGCAUAGUAAUAUCGGUUCAUCACCUCCACCUUCCUCUCAAUCGUCAAAGUACUUUAGUAAAAAAGGCAAAGAGGUGUUGGGAUUGGCGAGAAGAGCUAAAGGGAUUAGAGAAGAGGUGAAAGGGCUGAAUGGAGAUAGUGAAGAUGAUGAGAUGGAGGGUAUGAUCAGGAGAGGUGAGGGGUUGGUAGAGGAUUUGGUAGGGAUAAAGGUACUUGAUACGGUACAGAACUACAUUGACAGCCUCGCCAAGGAAUUGAAAAACCUUCGACACACCUUACAAACCAACCCUCUGAUCCCCAACCUCAGAGCUAAACUGGCCGAAAAGGAAACCGAACUUACCAAUCUCCAUCGUCAGAGCAGACUAAACAUCCAAAGGGAAACGAAGAGAGUGAAAGAGGAGGAACAAGCUAGAUGCGAGAGGAGGGUUCAGAAAGCUGUGGAAGAGCGUGAUAUCUUCCAGAGAGAAUAUGAGAGGGAGAAAGUGCAGAGGAAAGCUGGGAUAAGAGCGAUGGAAGAGAGGGAGAAUGAUCUGAAGCGAAAAUUGGAAGAAGCGACCGAACAACUCAAGAGAGAGACAGAAGCGAGGCGAUUCAAGGAAACGACCUUGCAGGAGAGGAACAAGCAGCUUAAAAUGUUCCAGAAAAAGGUGGAAGAUCGUAAAGAACUCAAAUCUCGAAUCGCAUCAUUAGAAGCUGAGAAUGCCCGACUCCGAGCUUCCAUGUUGGAUGGCACGAUGAACUCUGAUGUCGAAGGUGAUGGAAAUGACGAGCGAGUUGGAGGCGAUGAAAGUGUUCAGGAAAUCUCAAGAUCGCACAUUCCGUCUUUCUUGAGGAAAGCAUCUCGACUUGGGCCAUCCAAGUCGAAGUACAAUCGGAUCAAGAUGGAAGAAGAAGAAUCACUUCAAGUGGAUAUGCCAUCAUUUUACGAUGACUCGUUACGAUCACCCAGUAAACUCCUACCAUCUCGAACUACGAUGAAGGAUCUUGAAGCUGCUGAAUUCGAUCUUGAUGACGAUUCGGAGGAUAGUCCAAGUAAACAUACUCGACAUAAACAAAAGCAACAACAGCAAAAACAAAGGAUGCAUCCCACCGCUCGGACCAUUGCGGUUGAUUUUGGUAAAGAAAGAAGAAGAUCAAGUUCGAGUAAAUACUUUCCUGGAAAUGAAGAUGAAGAUGACGAGAAAGAGAAUCAUACUACAAAUGCAAGAAGAGGUUCAGGUGGGACUAGGGAUAGGGAUGAACCGAGUCCACUCAAGAGAAGUAAGACGAAUCCAUUUAUGACUACAAAAGCAUCCGACGAGAAGAGAAAAGAAUUACCAUCAGUUGAAAAGAUGAGUAGCGGAACGAAAAAAGUGAAUCCAGUAUCAAAGGACACUUCGAUCAUUGACUUGGCGACUAGUUCACCUGAAUCUUCUCCUAGGCCUCGUCGACGAUCUGCCAUAGCCCUAGCGAAGAAAAAGGAAAAUCAGAGGAGCGUGGUAGAUAUGCUUGGAUUGGCGGAUGGUCAGGGUAGACCUAAGAAGGGGGUUGUUAGUGGUCAGAAAGUUAGAAGGAUGGUUUGA